AUGUUUAGCAACGAUUGUGCUGAGUGGUACAAGGUCUUGUAUGCUGUUGUAAAAGAUUCGAACUCCAUCUUGCGGGCGUCAUCAUCGGCUGACGGGGGUGCUCUAGGCAUUUGGGCGAAGAAGUUAUCGCAAUACCAGUCGAAAUCACUCCUCCACGCAUCGUAG